AGCUAUCAUUAGGCUUCAGAAAACUUGGAAUAUGGCACAUGAGCAGUUUGCACUAGUUUCAUCAUAUACUUUUGUGGUGCUUUUGUCCUCCUUGACAAAGCACAAUUGAUCAUUGCCUACCACAGCAUGCUUUCAUUGUAGAGUAAAGCAUCAACAUUCUGGUAAACGUCUUCGUUUGUGUUCAACAUGCAGAAGAAAAGUUUUGAACAACAUGAGGGUGAGUAAAUUUUUAUUUUUGGAUGAACUGUUCCAUAAUGAGUCAUGGUUUUAUCUAAGACCUCAUUGUGGACCACAUUCAGUGCAACACCAGAACUGUUAGACCACUAGGACCCCCAGUUAUUAUUUAGUCAUCUAUGCAUUUUGCCAAAUCACCCUUGUCACUUAAAGUUAGAUAAUGGCUCUGCCUUUAGGGGUUAUAGGAGCUGGAGGAGGGUUUGCAGGACCAUGAUCCAACUCUGAUUGUAGGUAGCGUGCACUUAAUUCACUGAUUGUGUGUUUCUGUGAACUGAAUGAAUGUAACAGCUGGUAGAUGCGGAUGCCCAGAGCAGCCGGUGAGCGCGCGCGGCUCUGCUUCCAAGAGUUUCCUGUGGCGGCCGGUUUAUCAUCAUUUUUUCCCCCAGAGCAAGCAGAGAAAGUGAAGAAACGAGCAAAGCAUUGAGAAACUUGGGGUCGUAUGGUACAAGCCCACAGCCAUUUAAAAAAGAGCCGGCAGCGCGAGCGUGGGACGUGAUGAGUCACUCGCGAGGGUCUGUCGGCCCGCUUUGAUCAGCCCCGGUUGGGGUCUCGAGCUGUAAAAUAUGUGAAAAAGACGAAUAACCGGUGAGUCACGGUAACGGCGCUCGAGCUAAGUAUGUUAAGUUGCUCAAAAUAUCCUGAAAAAUUCGAUAAAAAUGAUAAAAACGAAUUGCAAUAUAACUUUAAUAAUAUUAGAUUUUUUGUAGGUUUUUGCUUACCGCUAUUUUUACCAGACAAGUUGCACAUUCUUAUUGAAAACGACGGCAGUUAGACGGAUAUUAUAGGCUAGUAUACUCUUGGAAAAGAGAAUGGGGACAAUUAGGAACAAAAAUGAAAAACAUCAGAAUGUAAAUAAACAAUGAUUACUGCAACUUACGAAAAGUAGGCCUAUAGAUUAAAAAAAAGUGAAACCAGAACAUUUUGAUUCCAAUAAUCAGGGGCCCCAAAACUGAAGGCAGAGCAGAAAAGACCAUUUUUGUUUUGGAAGCAGAAGGAAGCAUCUUGUUAAGCGAUACUGAGAUCUUAUUGAGCUAAUAUUGAGAUCAAUGAGCGAUAUUAAAUUUUAGUAGCCUAUUGAUUUUUGGCUUUGGUUAAAUUUACCUAUUUUCUGUGUUUGAAAGCAGACAUAAAUUAUGUUCUUAAAUGCUUUGUGUUCCUCCACUGUCCCGACUGCGCGCGCUCCUCUGCGGUGCGAAACAAAAGCUGCUCGCGGGGAGGCAAAAGAGGCAAGGAGCUCGUGACGUCGGGAAGACUCAGUCACACACACACACACACUCCGCCUCCUCUCUCUCUUUCGCUCAGUGUAAAUACCAUCUCCGCCAGAUGUGUGCGGACGCACUGGAUGCUUCUGUACAACAUCACAGAAGCCUUCAGUAUCUUUACUGACUGAUACAAACGUUUCUGUUGUUUAUGCUUGUAUUAUGUGAUAUUAUUCUUGGAUUACAGCACUCCAUUAUCCUUCGCGGUGUUCUCAACACCCCUCCAACCCUAAACCUCACCUCUGGAUUUAACACAGAUUCCUGGAGACAGUUCCUGAGCGGAAAACAUAUCACAGAAGACCCACAUAUUGUAAAAGUCUUGACUCUGCCGCGCGAGGGGCGGAAUGGCGUUGUUGAAAGGACUCCUUAAGAUUCUUGUUUGCGCACCCUGGUUGCGAUAAAGAGAAAAGAGCCACAACCAAGACCUUCUGCAGCAGCACAGAGGAUAAUACAUGCAGACAACGGGGAGCAUUUUCUUCUUCAGACCGCGUUAAGAUGUGCUGUUUUUCAGCAUGCGAGCGGGCGCAUGCCAUGCUGUAGGGCUGCGCAGCCGAAUGGCACGAGCCAGCGCGACCGAAUCGCUCUGACGUUCGCGGAGGACAAGACGUAUGAUGAUGAGCGGCAGCUGCCGUGGGACCAGUCUGCUUGUCCCGAUGCGUUUUCCACUCUCCGUUCGGUUCGCCUUCACUCUUCCUCGCACACACCUGCUCGUCUUCGCUGUGUCUGUUCUGGGAACGCGCGUAGGGAAAUAGAACCGCGUCAGGCGUGGGAACAAUGGAGUUGUCUGAGGUUCGCUGUUCCAGCGCCAGCGAAGAGCUGUACACCAUCAACAAAACCCCCAGCAACAACGGGAACCGACCGAAGCGCCUGCUGUGGCAGAAUGCCGUGCGACACAUCACCGAGCAGCGAUUCAUUCACGAGCACAGCCCGAAACCCAUCUCACCGGACGAGCCUCACUCGCAGGACUCGCGCAAACAAUCCGCCGGCAGGACGUCGGUGAGCGACCGGCACAACAACGGCGGCACUAAAGUCUUCCCCGAGCGCUCGAGCAGCGACCUGGGUUUCCUGCAGAUCGACUGCGCGCCCAGCAACUCCGACUUCUUCCUGAGCUGGGGCUACACGUACCGCGGUGUCAUCUUCCCCACGCUGCGCUACGCCUUCAAGUCCAGGGACCUCGAGCGCCUGUACCAGCGCUACUUCCUGGGCCAGCGACGGAAGUCGGUGGUGGUCAUGAAUAUUCUGGACGUGGUGACCAAGCUGACCCUGCUCGUGCUGCACCUGACCCUGGCGUCCACUCCGAUGGACCCGAUCAAAGGAAUGCUGCUCGGCUUCUUCACGGGCAUCGAGGUGGUCAUCUGCGCUCUGGUGGUGGUGCGCAAGGACACGAGCUCGCACGGAUACCUGCAGUACAGCGGCGCGGUGACCUGGGUCGCCAUGGCCACGCAGAUCCUCGCGACGGGACUGGGCUACGGCUUGCUCGGGGAUGGGAUAGGGUACGUGCUCUUCACGCUCUUUGCCACCUACAGUAUGCUGCCGCUGCCUCUCACCUGGGCCAUCGUGGCGGGACUGCUGACCUCCGCGCUACACAUCGCGCUCCAGCUGUUAGUGCCCCCUCGAGUGCAGAUCUCCACGAAUCAGCUGUUAGCUCAGGUGCUGCUGUUCUUAUGUAUAAACACUGCAGGGAUGUUUAUCAGCUACCUGUCAGACCGCGCCCAGCGACAGGCCUUUCUGGAGACGCGCAGGUGCAUCGAGGCACGUCUCCGUCUGGAGACCGAGAACCAGCGACAGGAGCGUCUGGUCUUGUCGGUGCUGCCACGCUUUGUAGUGCUGGAGAUGAUUAACGACAUGACCAACGUGGAGGACGAGACCCUACAGCACCAGUUUCACCGUAUCUACAUUCACCGCUAUGAGAACGUGAGUAUUCUCUUUGCUGAUGUGAAGGGCUUCACCAAUCUUUCCACCACACUCUCCGCUCAGGAACUCGUUCGAAUGCUCAAUGAACUCUUUGCACGCUUUGACCGACUGGCACACGAGCAUCAUUGUCUGAGGAUCAAGAUACUGGGGGAUUGUUAUUAUUGUGUUUCUGGCCUUCCCGAGCCUCGACUGGAUCAUGCCCACUGCUGUGUUGAGAUGGGCCUCAGCAUGAUCAAAACCAUCAGGUAUGUGCGCUCACGUACAAAGCAUGACAUAGACAUGCGCAUCGGCAUCCACUCUGGCUCAGUUCUUUGCGGAGUUCUUGGUUUGCGGAAAUGGCAGUUUGACGUCUGGUCUUGGGAUGUCGACAUAGCCAACAAACUGGAGUCAGGGGGAAUACCUGGGAGGAUCCACAUCUCUAAAGCGGCUCUAGACUGUCUGAACGGUGAUUAUGAGGUGGAGGAGGGUCACGGCAAGGACCGCAACGACUUCCUGCGCAGGCAUAACAUCGAGACCUUCCUGAUCAAGCAGCCAGAGGAGAGCUUACUCACACUGCCGGAGGACAUCAUGAGAGAUUCCACCAACCAAUCAGAUCACAGAACGUCUAACACUUCCUUCACGGAGGGAACAUGGAGCCCUGAACUUCCCUUCCAUAACAUAGUGGGCAAACAGAAUACUCUGGCUGCGCUCACACGUCACUCCAUUAACCUGCUCCCCAACCACCUGGCUCAAGCCCUGCAUGUGCGCGCCGACUCACAGGAAAUUAACGCUCGCAUGCAGAGCGCCAUCGCCCUGCGCAGCGGGGACAAGCUCCGCCAAGAACAUAUCUCCCCCUUCUCUCUCACCUUUAGAGAAGCACUGCUGGAGCACAAGUAUUCCCAGAUGAGAGACGAGGUGUUUAAGUCUAAUCUAGUGUGUGCCUUCAUUGUUCUCUUCUUCAUCACUGGAAUACAGAGCUUACUUCCCUCAGCAAGGAUGGUCACUAUGGUGAUACAGUUCUCCGUCCUCAUCUUGCUGCACUGUUGCCUUGUUGUUGUGACAACGGCGGAGGACUAUAAGUGUUUGCCGCUGGUUUUGCGAAAAGCAUGUUGCUGGGUCAACGAAACAUACGCUGCACGGAACGUUGUCAUCUUCCUGUCCAUCCUCAUCAACUUUCUGGCUGCCAUGAUUAACAUACUUUGGUGUGAUUUCGAUAAAUCCGGCUCAUUCAGGAACCAGACGUUUAAUGCAUCUGUCUCAAUCCCCGAUAUCUGCUUCUACCCAGAGGUCUUUUCAUCCACUGCCUCCCACAGAUAUUUCGUGUUUACUGGAGUGUUGGCGAUGGUGACUUGUGCAGUGUUCCUCAGACUGAACUCGGUUCUGAAGCUGGCCAUCCUGCUGAUCAUGAUCGCUAUCUACACAGUGCUGACCGAGGCCUUCUACACACCACUGUUCAUCCGCUAUGACACACUUACACUUAAUCAGAGCAAAAGCUUCCUGGGAACCAAGGAAACGUCUCUGCUUCUCAUGGCGAUGUUCCUUUUAGCUGUGUUCUACCACGGCCAACAGCUGGAGUAUACCGCUCGUCUGGACUUCCUAUGGCGUGUACAGGCGAAGGAAGAGAUAAAUGAGAUGCGAGAGCUGCGUGAACACAAUGAGAACAUGCUCCGGAACAUUCUCCCCAGCCAUGUCGCACGCCACUUCCUGGAGAAAGACAGAGACAAUGAGGAGCUCUACUCGCAGUCGUAUGAUGCGGUGGGAGUGAUGUUCGCCUCCAUUCCAGGCUUUGCGGAUUUUUACUCCCAGACUGAGAUGAAUAAUCAGGGUGUGGAGUGUUUGCGGCUGCUCAACGAGAUCAUCGCUGAUUUUGAUGAGCUGCUGGGGGAGGAACGCUUUCAGGACAUCGAGAAGAUAAAGACCAUCGGCAGCACGUACAUGGCCGUGUCAGGACUGUCUCCUGAGAAACAACAAUGUGAGGAUAAAUGGGGGCAUCUGUGCGCGCUGGCCGAUUUCGCCAUUGCUCUGAAUGAAAGCAUUCAGGAGAUCAACAAACAUUCAUUUAACAACUUCCAGCUCAGAAUCGGUAUGGCUCAUGGCUCUGUGGUGGCUGGAGUGAUUGGCGCUAAGAAGCCGCAGUAUGAUAUUUGGGGGAAGACAGUCAAUCUGGCAAGUCGCAUGGACAGCACAGGUGUCAGCGGAAAGAUCCAGCUCCCAGAGGAGACCUACGGCAUCCUGAACGAGCGCGACUUUGCCUUCGAGUACCGAGGCGAGAUCUACGUGAAGGGAAUCAGCGAACAGGAAGGCAAGAUCCGCACGCACUUCCUGCUGGGCCGCGUGCAGCCCAACCCGCUCAUCCUGCAGCCGAGGAAGCUCACGGGCCAGUACUCGCUCGCCGCCGUGGUGCUCGGCCUGGUCCAGUCCCUCAACCGGCAGAAACAGAAACAAAUCCUCAAUGAAAACAACAACUCAGGCAUCAUGAAGGGCCACUACAACCGCAGAACUCUGCUGGCGCCGGGCGGCUCGGACACCAGCCACGCCGAGGUCACGGACAAGAGCGAGCUGGCCUAGAGGACGGGGAACUCAAACUGCGUACUUAACCAAAAGACUGAGCUGCUGCCGCUGACUGAGUGUCUCUCUUGCUGUCUGUGUUUCUUUUUGUAUUUCUUUUGUAUUUGAGAAAAAAUAAAGGGGUUUAAUUUUUUUAUAAAGUAAUGGGCUUCCUUUAAAUAAAGGUCUGUAUGUUUGAUCGUUUA